UGAGGAAAUCAGCUGGGGAAACAACAACAGAAAAGGAGGUGACUCAGACCAGACAUAUAUUUAGUCCGGUCAUGUUUACAUUUGUUUUGUACAAAGCGCUACGAUUAUAAAUAACAACAGCAUCUUAUCAGGUCUGCAGCAGCGAGUGUGUAUUUGCUGAGGUCUGAGAGACGCUGGAUUACAGAGGCAGCGAGGGGAAGUGAAAGGUAGAGGAUGUUACAGGGCAGAGGUCCUGCAUUUAUAUGAGCUCUGUGACAAACAGCUGGACCACUGCGACCACCUCUGCAUUCUCCACGUGUAUUUGUCCGGUUUCACAGACCGGCUAAUCCCCCAGCAGAGUGGCAUGUGGGUCAACUCCGGAACCGUCGGAAGGGCCCUCUCCAUGGAUAUAGACACAGACUAUGAGCGGCCCAAUGUGGAAACCAUAAAAUGUGUGGUGGUAGGGGAUAAUGCAGUAGGCAAGACCAGGCUAAUCUGUGCCCGGGCCUGCAAUGCCACCCUCACACAGUAUCAGCUGCUUGCCACCCACGUGCCAACCGUCUGGGCCAUCGACCAGUACCGUGUAUGCCAGGAGGUGUUGGAGAGAUCUCGUGAUGUAGUGGAUGAAGUCAGUGUGUCCCUGAGGCUGUGGGACACAUUUGGGGAUCAUCACAAAGACAGAAGAUUUGCCUAUGGCAGGUCUGAUGUUGUUGUGCUUUGCUUCUCUCUGGCAAAUCCCAAUUCCCUGCGCCAUGUACGCACCAUGUGGUUCCCGGAGAUCAAGCACUUUUGUCCCCGGACACCCAUCAUUCUGGUUGGCUGCCAGCUGGAUCUGCGCUAUGCCGACCUGGAUGCAGUUAACCGUGCACGACGACCACUAGCCAAACCGAUCAAACCUACUGAUAUCCUUCCACCGGAGAGAGGCCAUGAAGUGGCAAAGGAACUUGGGAUUCCUUACUUUGAGACCAGCAUCGUUGCCCAGUUUGGAGUCAAAGAUGUUUUUGACAAUGCCAUCCGAGCCGCCCUCAUCUCCCGUCGUCACCUGCAGUUCUGGAAGUCCCACCUGAAAAGGGUCCAGAGGCCUCUCCUCCAGGCCCCCUUCCUGCCUCCCCGCCCACCUCGCCCCAUCGUGGGCAUCCCAGACCCCCCUCCCACAGAUGGCGAAGGCCCAGAUUCCCUUUUCUGCCAGCCACUGUGUACAGAUGUUCUUUUUCUUCUGCAUGGUGGUGCCACUCGCGUAUUUGCACACAAAGUAUAUCUGGCUACUUCCUGCUCAAAGUUUAAUGACCUCUUUACUCUUGAUCUUGGUGGAUCCUGCAUGGUGUCACAGGGGGAGGAGCAGGAGAGGAAGGACAACUUGGAGAGUGGGGAGGAAGAUGAACAGAGCAGGAGAGGAGCUAAGGAGCAAGCUGGGCGCACCAAGAGCCUGGACAUUGAUAAAGACGGGGCUGAUGGAGGGGUUCGCGGCCUGAAUCGCCCCCAGCUGCUGCAGCAGGGCUCUCUGAGGACUUCCCAGAGUGAUAAUGCACUCCCCUCUCGAGCCCACUACUCCCUGGGAGCACUAGGGACUGGCCGUGCACUUUCAGGAUGGGGAAGGGGGUUCCUGAGUGUGUGUCUGGAGCAUGUUGAUGAUCCCAUGACUGGACAACCACGACUCAUGACUGUGGUAGCCAUGGAUGCGCUUAUACAGGAAGAACCAUUCAAGGCAGUGCUUCAGUACCUGUACACAGGCAGUCUGGAUGAGGGCAGGGGGGAUCUGAUGCAGAUAGCCACCAUCGCAGAGCUGCUUGAGGUGUUUGACCUCCGGAUGAUGGUUGCCAAUGUUCUCAACAGAGAGAGCUUCAUGAACCAGGAGAUUACCAAGGCGUUCCACGUCCGCAGAGCCAACCGUAUCAAGGAGUGUCUCAAUAAAGGGACCUUUGCUGAUGUGGUGUUCCGCCUGGAUGAUGGCUACCUCCCGGCUCACAAGCCCCUGCUCAUCUCCAGCUGCAACUGGAUGGCUGCCAUGUUCCGUGGCUCUUUCAUGGAAAGCUACAUUGAGGAGGUCUCCAUCCCUAACACCAGCGAAGCCUGUAUGCGUGGGGUGUUGGAGUUCCUGUACUGCAGUCUGCUGACACCCUCUCCUGGGCUGGAGCCCAUGGAGCUCAUUAUUCUCGCCAACCGUCUCUGUUUGCCCCGCCUUGUCGCCCUCACAGUUAUAGUUUAG